AUAGGAGGAAAGGGUGGGUUUCAUGAGAAGAGACUGGAGCACAGCGGACAGUGGUUCCUGCAUCUGAACUGCACUGAGCACAUACACUGGACUCAGGAUUAUCAGUGACUUAAAAAUCACAAUAAUGGGACAGUCCUCCUCUGAAACAGCUAAGGAUGAAGGCCAUGGAGAUUUGUUGCCCAGUUUCACUGCAUAUUUUAAGAAGAUGAAAAGAGGAAACAAAAUCAUUUCUCAGGAAAUCAUCCAUUCAAUUGAGCUACAUCUGAAAAAGGGAAAUAUUCAGGGAGCAAGCUCUGUAAUCAGUGAUGCAUUAAAAAAUAUUGAUAGUGCCCCAAUAAACAUUGCUGUGACAGGAGAGUCUGGAGCAGGGAAGUCCAGCUUCAUCAAUGCCCUGAGGCGGGUUGGACCAGAAGAUAAAGGUGCAGCUGCAGUUGGAGUAGUAGAGACGACUAUGGUGAGAACUCCAUACAAACACCCCAAAAUUAAAAGUUUGACUUUAUGGGACCUGCCUGGCAUUGGAACUAUGAACUUUCCACAGGAAGAUUAUCUGGAGAAAGUGAAAUUCCAAGAGUAUGACUUCUUUGUUAUUGUUUCUGCCACACGUUUACAAAACUUGAACUAGACCUUACUUAAAGCAAUCAGAUUUAUGAAAAAGAAUUACUACUUUGUGAGAACCAAGGUGGACAUGGAUUUAGACAAUGAAAAGAAAUCCAAACCACGUACAUUUGACAGAGAAAAGAUCCUGCAGAAGAUGCGAAGCUACUGUGAGAGCACCUUUAGUCAGAAUAACAUGGAUGUACCACAGAUUUUUUUGAUUUCAAACAGUGAUUUGUCUGACUAUGAUUUUCAAGUCCUGAUGGAUUCACUGAUAAAUGAUCUUCCUGCUCAGAAGCGCCACAAUUUUACACUUUCCAUUAGUAAUAUUACAGAGGCAGCCAUUGACAGAAAGGAUGAAUCCAUCCAGCAGUAUAUCUGGCUGGAAGCCUUCAAGUCUGUACUUCUGGCUACUCUUCCUGCUGUGGGCAUUCUCAGGGAUGAUGUGGAGAAGCUGAAGGUGAAGUUAAAGCGCUAUCAAGAAAUCUUUGGAGUGGAUGAUGAAUCCCUGGAAGUCAUGGCUAAGGAUUUAAAAGUGUCUGUUGAACAACUGAAAAAAAUCAUUAAAUCUCCUUAUUUGAUGGAAACUAAGAAAGAAGAAACAUUAAGAGAAAUGAUUUUGAAAUAUGUUGAGAAAUUUGCCUCAGCUACUGGUGGGCCCCUUGCUACAGGUCUUUACUUUAAGAAAACCUUUUACUUGCAUCAUGUCUUCCUUGACACGGUGACAGAAGAUGCCAAAGUUCUCCUUAGAGAGACAUACUCAAAAAAUUAGUUCAAACUCACUUCACCCACAAAUACUGAACAUAAACAUCAAAUGGUUAGUAUCAGAAAUCACUAGAUAAAUUUCCCCCUCUGUAUAUUUUCUUUAUACUAUCAAUCCACUUCCACCAUUGGAAAAUUUAAAGAUAAGGAACAUGAGUCUUAAUAUGUCAGAGUCAGACAGUCCAAAUCCCUCUUCAUCACUCUGCCUCCCUCUCUUUUGUUCCACCCUAACUGCACACUUGAACACACACACACACACACACACACACACACACACGAACAUGUGCCCAUAUAUGACGACAAACAUGUGCAAACACACACACACAAAAGGUACGAAUAUGUGUUUUGUAGCUAUUUCCCCAUAAUUAAAACAUUCUAAUGAAAACUCAGGAAGUUAGAGGCUCUUGCCAUGCAUGAGUGAAGACCAGAGUUCACUUCCCAGAACCCACAUAAAUGCUGAGUUGGGGUAGAAGCCACUUUGUACUUCCACACUCAGAAGCAGACACAGUGGAAGCAUGGAGCAAGCUGGCUACCUAGACUGUAGAUCUGCAAGCUUGGCAUGCAGUGAGAGAACUUGGCUUGAUGAAAAAGGUAGAAAUUAACUGAGGACAAGACCCAACAUAGGCCUGACAUGCCCACACAUAUGCAAACAUGUAUACCCUAAAAAGGGAUACAAGUUACAAAUGAAGUAAAAUAUGACUUAGAAAGUAAAUAAAACAUCACAAGUCUUAGAAAGUACAGGAACAUAACAGGCUCAUGAAGCUCUCCUCAAGAUUAUAUGGGCAAAAAGCAUUCUGCAUGAAUUGGGAUUUCAGAGCAGCCAAAGUGCCUGUAAAUCAUGCAGGAGCACUCCAUGACAGCAGGAGUGGAGAAUCAUUGCCUUGCUGAGGUGAGCUUUUCAGGGAUGAAGCAGCCCCUGAUUGGUCAGUUUUACUGCAAGUAACUCUCACUCUAAUAAACUCACUCAUGCAAAACUAGA